GUGAGGUUAUGUUUGUUAUGUUGUGUUUGCAAGGUUAGUUCCAACGCGCCAACGGCGUCUGCGGAAAUUUUACAAGAAAUAAGAUACCUGCAUUUGCAUAAUUGUCUCCAGAUAUUACUCUUAUUCCAUUAUACCCGUGGAAAUAACUAAAAUGAGCAGCCCUGACUUUGAGGGACGUGGGAAAAAUGCCUCUCAAUCUGAGGAAAGUGACAAUUAUGACAGCAAUCCGUCUCCUCCAAAGAAGUCCAAGAAAAAGCGCAACUACGAUUCAGAGGGUCCUAUCCCAGCUAGUAAAGUGCGCAAGGUAGAUGCCAGUGAAGAAGAAGAGGGAGAGCAUAAAGAUGAUGGUAGUGUGCAUAGUGGCAAAGAUCAAGUGUCCAAAGAACGACUUCAUGAUGAAAAAUCCAAAAGCAGCCGAAGAGUCAAGGACAAAGAUCAAGAAGAGGAGCGAGGUAAAGAGCGGGACAAAGGCAGGGACAGAGACAGGGAUUAUGACAGAUACAAAGAUAGACGGCGGAAAAAUUAUGAAGAGUAUGAAAGAGAUCCACCGGCAAACUUUGAAAGGUACUGGGGUGCUGGACCUAAAAGAAGUUCAUACAAUGACCGAGAUCGAAGACGUAGGGACGACUCUGACCGUGACUAUGAUCGCUACCAAGAUCGGAGAUCUGGCAAGGAUAAAGGAAGGGAAGUCUCGGGGAAGGUCGGGCCACGAUACUAUGGAGGGAAGGAUGAUGAGUCUAAACAUGUUGAAGAGAAUGAAGAUGGAAAGGGUCCCUCUAGCUCUUCCAAAGAUGCAAAUAAAAGUGAAGAAGUCCUCUCAAAACCAGCUGAGAAGAAAAUUGUUGACAUGCUCACUUCAAGGACAGGAGGUGCUUACAUUCCUCCAGCAAAACUUAGGAUGAUGCAAGCUCAAAUUACUGACAAGUCAAGUGCAGCUUAUCAACGAAUAGCGUGGGAAGCCUUGAAAAAGUCAAUUCAUGGUCACAUUAACAAAGUUAACACAGGAAAUUUGGCAACUGUCAUUCGAGAAUUACUGCAGUUAAAUCUUGUUCGAGGAUGUGGUCUCCUAUGCAGAAGUAUCAUUCAGGCCCAGGCCGCUUCUCCAACUUUUACUAGAGUGUUUGCUGCCUUGAUUUCUGUCAUCAAUUCAAGAUUUCCUCAAAUUGGAGAAUUACUUGUGAAAAGGGUGGUGAUCAACUUUAAACGUGGCUUCCGCCGUCAAGACAAAGCUUCAUGUAUUUCAUCUGCCAUCUUUAUUGCUCACCUUGUAAAUCAGUGUGUGGCCCAUGAACUGCUUGCCUUAGAAAUUUUGGUUCUAUUGGUUGAGACACCGACAAGUGACAGUGUAGAGGUGGCUAUCGCGUUCUUGAAGGAGGUUGUUGAUAAAUUGUUAGAAGUUGCUAAGAAGGGCACCAUGGCAAUUCAGGAUAUGUUACGUAACAUAUUACAUGAAGGAACCCUUGACAAAAGAGUGCAAUACAUUAUUGAAACUAUGUUUCAAAUAAUUAAAGUUGGUGGAGCAAAGAAACUUGAUGAUGAACAGAAACAAAAAGAAGAUGAAGAACUUCUUACUUUAGUUGAAGAAGAAGAUCAGAUAACUCAUAUUAUUAACUUGGAUGAUGCUGUAGAUCCUCAGAGCAUUUUAGAUGUAUUUAAGGAAGACCCCCAGUAUGAGGAGAAUGAAGCUGCAUAUGCCAAACUUCAAAAAGAAAUUUUGGGUAGCGACAGUGAGUCUGGUGAAGAAGGUUCUGAUGAAGAAGAGGAUUCUGAUGAAGAAGAUAGUGAUGGUGAAAAGAAAGCUGAUAAAAUUAUAGACAACACUGAAACAAAUCUUGUGGCUCUGCGAAGAACUAUUUACCUGACAAUUCAAUCCAGUUUGGAUUUUGAGGAAUGCGCCCACAAACUAAUGAGAAUGCAGUUGAAACCUGGUCAAGAAAUGGAAAUGUGCCACAUGAUACUGGAUUGUUGUGCAGAAAUGCGAACUUACCAAAAGUUCUUUGGCCUCUUAGCCCAGCGCUUCUGUAUGAUAAAUAAAUUGUAUAUCUCUCCAUUCCAACAAAUAUUCUGUGACAGUUUUGCCACAGUGCACCGUUUGGAAAUUAACAAACUAAGGAAUGUAGCCAAAUUCUUUGCCCAUCUCCUCCACACUGAUGCUAUAUCCUGGGAAGUUCUUUCUUCAUGCCGUCUUACAGAAGAGGAUUCUACAUCUUCCUCAAGAAUUUUCAUCAAAAUCCUUUUCCAGGAACUCUCAGAGUACCUGGGAUUACCCAAGCUGAACAAUAGAGUCAAAGAUGCCACUCUGCAAAGUGCAUUUGAAGGAUUGUUUCCAAGAGACGAUCCUAAAAAUACUAGAUUUGCUAUUAAUUUCUUCACCUCUAUUGGUUUGGGAGGCCUUACAGACGAGCUGCGAGAGCAUCUGAAGACUCAACCCAGGACACAGACCGUACCUCUCCCUAUUCAGAAUGCUGUUGAUGAAACAACAAGCUCUUCUAGUUCAAGUGAUUCCAGUUCCAGCUCAAGCAGCUCUGAUAGUUCAGAUUCGUCUGAUAGUGAAGAUGAAAAGAGGAAAGCGAAGAAAAAACUGAAGCAGAAAAAGGGAAAGGCUGACAAGUCAGGGAAGGAAGGUAAGAAGAAAGGCAAGAAGUCAGAGACAAAGUCAGCUGAGGAAAUGGAAGAAAGUUUUGAGAAACGGAAUAAGAGGGACUUCGACAAAGGCUCUAAGAACCAGGAUGAUUAUGCUAGAAAAAAUUAUUCAGAAAAGCAGCAUAGAAUGGAAAAUGAAGAUUGGAGACAAGCAAGAAAAGAUGUGGAGAGAGGUGGUAGGAGAGACCAGCAUGAUAGGCCUGACAGGAGAGACCAGGGCGACAGGCCAGACAGGAGAAACCCAAAUGAUAGGCCUGACAGAAGAGACACAAAUGAGAGGCCUGACAGGAGAGAUCAGGAUGGGCCUGAGAGGAGGGAUGUGGAUCGAGGGGAAAGGGGAAAUUUUGGAAGGGGAGAGAAAAAGAGCUUUGGUAGAGAGGAGAAGCGGAACGUUGAAAGAGGAGAAAAGGGAGAUCGCAGAGAAAUGCAACGAGAGCCUCGAAGAAAUGAAGAGUUUGAAUCCCGGCGAGGUUCACAAAAGGAAUCACAUAUGAAUGAAUUUGACAAGCGGCAGAGUGACAGAGAGCAUGAAAAGGAUCACCGUGAGAGAGAAAAAGAAAAAUCUCGUCAUACUGACAAAGAAAAAUAUCAGCAAUAUGAGAAAAACGGGGAUAAGGACAGACACCGGGAAAGGGAACGAGAGAAGGAGAGGCAUUAUAGAUAGUUCAUUUUAGAUCAACUGAUGCUACAUCUUUGUAAAUAGUAUGUACAUUUCUAUUUGACUUUUUCACUUAGUUUUUGUGUAGGUGUUCAUUUUGAUGUAGGGUUCAAAUCUUUCUCAUGCGUCUUAUUUUCUAAAUCGUGGUUUAUUAAAAAAAUAUAAUUUUAAAAACAUGAAAUGCUGGCUGGAACAGAGGCUUUUUGUUAACAGUAAACUUCUGUUUUAAUUUAUGUGACAGUCUGAAGUAAAUAAAUUGAAUCAAUUUGUAAACUU